ACAGAUGUUUCGUUGUUUAACUUGUUUAUAUUUGUUAAGUCUUGCUGUUGCUGAAUAUUCCAAUACAAUCUCGACCAUUUUAAUUAUAAAGUUUGUAAGUUUAAGGCCUAUUUACAAUUCACACAUCAUAUUAUGGAUUUCUCCACUACUGCAAACAUGCCAAAUCGCCAUCAACCACGAAGAAGGAGAUACCCACCUAAGCAGACAGAACCCCGUCCUAUGCCAGAAAACUGUAUUUGCCUUCGACCUAAGGCUUUAGUUGUAUGUAAAGCUUGUGGCCAUCAUCUGAUCAGCCGAAAACGAAUUCCUUGCCCAGCCCACCCGCAGACCAUCUUCUUAAUGGACUUGGACCUAUGCCCAAAAUGCCACAACGAAGACACCUGGCUGAGAGAAUAUCCUUGCGGCGAUUAAGUCUUGGGGUCAUCGUUCAAGUCAUUUUAUUUCAACCUAUUGAUUUUUAUGUUUAAAUUAUUUGUGCAAUGUGGUACAAAAUAAGUUUGUUGAUUUUUAUUUU